GGUCACCGGCAUUACUCAUUUCUCGCUUCGUACCGUGUGAGGAGUUAUGUGGAUCAAUGGAUGGUCGAUCAUUGGGUUGUGAUGUGGGAGAUAUUAUGUGGGCUGAGUUCGCUCCGGACGGUUGGAUCGGCCCCUACGAGCUCGUCGAUAAGCUCUUUCUGGAUACCUUCCGUCUAAACUUUCUUUCUCAUGUGCAUUCGUUGGAUGUUUUUCACGUAUCGAAUUUGGCCCCUUUGCAUGUCUUUGACUUUGACGGAGACGAGACCUGUUCGGAUUUGCGGCCGAAUCCUCCUCAACCAAGGGAGGAUGAUGGAGACGAGACAUCGAUUCGCCGACUGCCAGUGCAUGCGCCUGUCCGCGAGCUGCGACACUUAGUCAAUCGCGGUAGCAGCCAGCAGUCAGUAGUGCGCACGCCAACACCCCGUCAUGCAUGUCAGCGUGCAGUAACGCACGAUAGCGCGCAACAACGCGUGUUAAAUGGUCGCACGCAGCGUCGCCUAGUGCACGCCCUCGACUCGGUAACGCCCAGCGGCACCGCAGCAACGCGCCAGCGCGCGCCAGCACGCGUGACUGUGCGCAGUGCCGCGGGCAAGGAUCUCAUCUUGGAAUCAUUCAAACCAUUAUCGCAAAGUAUACGCCAUAGCCGAGUCCUUCAUCAACUCCGGCGACGGCAACCCCUGAGCAACCACGCAACCGGCGCAUUUAGUCUGAGUAGGCCGCACCUCUGUCGUUCAGCUCACCUUCCUCGUCGCAGCAAGUUGUUCCUGGCGGGAAAUUCCAUCGCCGAACCUCAGUCCCCGUACAUC